AGGUUACUCUCAAACACAUUUUGUUUUCUAUGUCACAGACCCCAAAGAUCUGUAAUUAUCCUGGGAUUGCUGUGGGGGUUUGACUGCUUCUUCCUAGUUAUUUUGCCUGUGUAUGAGCACGUGUGCAUCUGUAUGUGAUCUUUCUCUUUCUCGGCUUUGUUGUCCCCCUUUGGCACUGGAGAGCUGGUGUGUGUGCUCGUGCGUGUGUGUAUGUGUGUGGGGGGGUCUCAGCAGUGCCAAAAAAGAUCUGCUGAAGAGUCCGAGGGAGGCAGGCAGGGCUAUUUUUGUUCGAAGCUGAUACUUUUUGCAUGAGUUGAAGUCGCCGCCUGGAAGAGGGCUCAGGUUGUUUCCUGGGGGAGAACUGUGCAGAAGACACCCAAAGUUCAGCGAAGCCCCAAGAAGCAGCUAGAACAGCAAGGAAAAAACAGUGGCCCCCCACAAGUGAACAGUGUACCUUCUGGCUGAGCCAGCUCCAGGACCCUGAAGCAUUCUCCAGACUGCCAUCUUAACAGCACCUUCUUAAACUGACUAACACUCACCCCUGCCACCAUGACUGAAAUCACAGCAGAAGGUCACACAUCUACAACUACCACUGUGAUAGAUGGCAAAAAUGGAUCAGUGCCCAGGACAUCUGGAAAAAUGUUGAAAAGAUCGAUGACAGAAGAUAUUGUCACAACAUUCAGCUCUCCCGCUGCAUGGCUUCUGGUUAUUGCACUAAUCAUUACCUGGUCAGCUGUGGCUGUUGUCAUGUUUGAUCUAGUAGAUUACAAAAACUUUUCAGCAAGCUCUAUUUCCAAAAUUGGCUCUGACCCCCUAAAAUUUGUACAUGAUGCCGUAGAAGAAACUACAGAUUGGAUCUAUGGAUUUUUUUCAUUGCUAUCUGAUAUCAUAUCUUCUGAUGGUGAUGAUGAUGAUGAAGAUGAAGAUGAUGGAGUUGACAUCGAUGAAGGAGAAGAAGAGCCUCCCUUGAAAAAAAGUGCAAUUCACAAAGAGAAGGCUGAAAAACAGGAAAAACCUGAAAAGAAAAUAGCACCUAAAGUAACUCACAAAGAAAAACCAGAAAAGAAAGCAAGUCACAAAGAUAAACCUGAGAAAAAAGAAAAAACCGAAAUGAGAACAUUACCCAAAGAUGAGAAGAAGAGUAAAAGUUCAAAAGCUGAAGAAAAGAGUAAGAAGGAAGUAAAAAGUGGAAAAGCAGAGAAGGUGAAACAAGCUGAUGCCAAAGCAAAAAAAGUGGAGAAAACACCAGCUAAACCUAAAGGCAAAGAAGAAAAAGGAACCCCAGCUGUUUCCAAAAAUGAACAGAAAGAUCAGUUUGCAUUCUGUCGUUAUAUGAUUGACAUGUUUGCCCAAGGGGAUUUAAAACCAGGUACUCCAAACUGAUUUUUGCACUUUUCUGUUUUAAUAAUCUUUAUUUCUGAGAUUUUCUGCUUCUCUGUGGACUAAUAUGUUUCUUUUUUGUGGUGGUUGUUUUUGUUGUUGUGGAAAAUGAAACAAAUGAAACAGAAAUAGUCAUUAUUGCAUGGGUUAUUGCAAGCUGAAGUAAUUGAAAGCUACAAAUGCUAAUAUCUUUACUAAUCUCUUGAAAUGAAACAAAGAUUCAUCUUAACAUGUCAGUAGAAGCAAGCAAGUAAACAACUCUUGGGACAAGUCACCUUAUUUUUAAUACUGAGGAAAGUUAUAUUUUAGAUCUCACUGGAUGAUAGACCCUUUCCUUUCAUUUUAACUGUCACAUGUGCCUGAUAGAAGAAUUCUGAUAACUUCUCUUGACAAUCUAUAUGUGCUCUAACAAAUAAUGGUGAAGUGAAUAGUGAUAGUUCUUUUCAUUAAAAGUUAAUUUAACUCACAUCUCACUUAAAAAGCACCAAUAGAGAGCUAUUUUAACAUCUAUUAAAUUGAUUACUAUGCUACAUAUAUUUUAGAGCUAUAUCUUUUAGCAAUAAAUUAUCAUUACUGAUAUUUAUUGAUUACUGAAUAAUUUUUGAUUUGGUAAUAUAUUUUCAAAUAUAGUAAAACAUGACUUUCAACACCACAUGUUUAAAAAUAUAAAUAAAGCUUUUGAGAGUUUUCCAAAAUAAUUUGAUUAAUGAUUCUUGCUAUUAAAAAAAAAAUCUAAGCUAGAAAACAUUAUGUUUUCCUCAACUAGACUUUAGAGAAAAUUAAGUUCUGAUGCUUUAGCUAUCUCAAAACUUGUCUAAUGCAAUGACUCAUUUUCCAAGGUUUUUGAGUAAUCAAGGCCUUGUCAUACUAAAGUAUCAUUUUACAUAUUAGAAGGACAGAACUCUUAAUGAUAUGAAAAAUUUUCUGGUGAGGCAAUUGAAGAUCUAAGUUCAUAUCCAGCUCUGAAAUCCUGUGCAAGUCACAACUCUAGAUUAUCUCAUCUUUAAAAGAGCUAAUAAUAAUUCCUAUCUUGUAGAGUUGUUCUGAAGAUCAAAUGAAUUAACAUCAAUAACACAGCACCUUGCAAAUCUAAAGGUGUUAUAUAUUAUACAUAUGCUAUUUAUUAUUAUUAUUAUUAUUUAGUAAUUAUGUGAAGACUGGUGAAAAUAAAUAGUUUUAAUUAAUGUGAUUAGUAUUCACAAAUCAAACAGGGAACACUUUAGUCAAUCUGCUAUACAAUUACUUUUAUAUCUGACUAUCUUUUUCUUGAAGGAAGACAUAAAAACUUAGUCCCACUUCUCUCACAUCCCAUUUUACCAAAGAUUCUGUGCCAUGGUCCCCUUUAGCAGGCUGGUGGAAGCUAGAACCAUCUUUUCAGAAGGUUUUUAAAUGCAUAAAAUAAAAUAGAAUUGCAAAAGAAAACAGUUAUACUGUUUAGAUACAUAAAAAAAUGUAUCUAAAGAGAGCUAGGUAUCUGAACUUUGGGCUUGGGAUCAGGAAGACUCACCUUCAUGAGUUCAAACUGGGCCUUAGAAACUUGUGACUUAUGUUAUCCUGGGCAAGUAACUUAAUUCUGUUUGCCACAAUUUCCUUAUUUACAAAAUGAAUAAGAGGAAGAGGUGGCAAACCAUCCAGAAUCUUUGCCAAGGAAACACUAAAUGUGAUUAUAAAGAGUUGGACAUGACUAAAAAACAAUUGAACAAAAAUAUGGGUGUAUAUAUAUAUAUGUUUAUUAUUAUUAUUGCUAUUUUUACAUAUGUAUAUUUAAAAUCCAUAGACUUCAUGUUUUAAGGCAUAGAUCUAAUUUAUAGAUGGUGACUAUAUUAUUUACUUCAUAUGAACAGCUAUUUGUUUGCAAUAUGUGUGUGAAUAGCAUAUAUUGUAUUGGCAAAGAGAAAUGAUGAUUAGCAUGAAUUAACAAAUGACUAAUGUGUAUCAUUAAUUCUGUUAUCUAUGUAUUUCAUUAAAUUUUUUUCUGCAUCAUCUACAAAACAUGAUAAUCAUGUUAUUUGCCAAGCUAAUACUAGUUAAGGAAUUUGUCAUAAAAUUAUGAAUCACCAAAUUAAAUGUGAGGCACUAAAAUUCACUUGUACUUCAUUAAAAAUUGGAUAGGGAUAGUUAGGGUGUUAAUAUUCAUAGGACACUUCUUUCUGGCAAUAUUAUAGUAGAGAAAGAUCUAAACAAGACGCACCAAUCUAUGUUAAUUAAUAGGAGGCUAUUAUUAUUAAUAUAUACAUAUAAUACUUUUUUGUGCAAAAUGAUGAUCACUUGGAUAUAGUGAUGACACAAUAGUGAUAUUUGACUCAAUAUGUCUUAGUGAUUUGAUAUUUGAAAAGGAGAUACUCUAUCAGUUAACAAUGAUGAAAGGUACAGACCUGGGCCUGUGAUUUUCAUUUACAUGGCUUUAUUAAUGACUCACGUCAUUAAACAUCUGACCUUCACCUCAGUUUUCUGUUUCCCUUCCUCUUUCUAUUCUAUAUUAACUAUUUAGAAAAUCUCCUCCAUAUGUUCUCAGUGCUAGAACUUCUUGAGUAAAUCAAAUGACAAAUACUGAGUAUAAUUGGAGGUCCUGACCCUAUUGUACAUAUGAUGAGGAUACCAUGACAGUAUAGAGGUGGCAAGAAGACAGGUGUGGCUAAAAGGAGCCCAGAUCAAAAAUUGAGACAAGAAGUAUCUGGUAGAUUUAGAGCAAUCAUAGUAUUACUCUUGGGAGAGACCUAAGAAGCCAUCUGUGAGUUCCUCAUUUUGCAAAUGAGAUAACUAAUGUCUUGAAAUAUUAGGGUUCAUGCCAUAGGUCUAAUAGGUGAGAAAUUUGGUAUAAGGAAAAAUUAUCUAUCAAUGGCAGCUGUCCCCAAAUGGAAUCAUUAGCCUUGAGAGUAAGUUUUCUAGUACUCAGAGGAGUAGGUAGGGAGUUUUCAAGCAGAGACUGGCUAAACCACUGGAAAGAAAUGGUAGGCUUCCUGGUUCCAGUGGAAUUUAGGCUAAAGGACUCAUGAACUCCUCUUCAGUUCUUAUUAUCUAUAUUUAUUUAUGGCUAUGAAUUUUUAUUUUGCAUUUAUGAAUUUUUUGUUUAUGUGAUUUCUAAAUGAUUGUUAGCUUUUUCAGUUUCUUUUCUUCCCCACUCCUCUAUUUUUCUUCUCAUUUUUUUUCCUUUAUGACUUGGAAUGAUUUGAAAGUUUAUGAUUUACAGUUAUGUCUAAGUUAGUGAACAUAUAAAUUGUUCCCUGAAUUCUAGUGCAAUUUUAAGUUAUAAGAGCUGAAAACCACACUAAGAAUUUUGGGACAAUGUAUAUUUAGGAUUUUUAACUUUUUAACUCUGUCCUGGAUAAAAUUCUGACUAUGUUUAACAAUUAUAUAAAGGAAGAGAUUGGGGCCAGGGGAAGACUUUUCAUCAAAGUUUAUUGCUCUGCUUGAAGUUCAGUGUUUACAAAACAUUUGUGUUUCCAUCUGUUUUGUUUGGGAUUAGUUGAGCACCUGUUGUUGUUUAGCUAGAACUCAUUAUUAAUUAUUUAUAAUAGUUCUUUUUUUAACUAAAAUUGAGACACUUUCUCUCUGGAGUGCAGUAUUUACUUUGGAAGAUAUUUUCACAUCAGCAGCAGUAACCCAAAUCAUUAUUUAAAUCAUGAAUAUACAGCAUUAGUGAAAUGUGCCAAAUGUUAGGAUCUAAGACGGUCUUGAUGUAGCAUACUGCUAUUUACUUACACUUGUUUGAUGUUUGAUGGAAUUAAGAAUGCAUUGACUAUUUCAGAUAUUAAGGUAAUUCUCCCAAAUUUAGCCUAUAGACAUUAUAUAAUAAUCAGUCAAUCAAAAAGUAAUGAUUAAGUGCCUAAUAUGGGUAAAGCGGUGUGCUAAAUGCUGAAGAUAAAAAGGAAAAAUAAUGAAAUAUUACUUGUCUUCAGGAAUUGCACAUUCUAUCAAAAUGAAGUCAGGGGACUUUAGUUCAAAUCCCAACUCUGACAUUUGCUAUCUAUGUGACCUUAGGCAAGUUUUUAACUUCCUAGGCUUUAGUUUCCUGAUAUAUAGAGUAAAAUUAGACUGAUGAAUGUUAUCACUUCUAGUUCUAGAUCUAGAUCUAUGAUGGGGUGUAAUGACAUUCAGGAAGUACUGGCACCUUGCUGAGUCUUUUUCAGGGUUACCCAUCCACAUUUGCUAUUUACCCUAUCACUUAAUUUGUCAAUCAAAGAAACUGUAGCAUGUGCAAUGACUGCACAUAAGUAAAGCUGUCUCUGCCGGUAGGCUGAAGCAGGUUGAAGAUAAUCAACAAGAUUCAAACUCCUCAGUAAACUAAGGGGAAACAUAAUUGGUGGAUGAGAACAUGUUCCAGUGACAAUAAGGUGGCUGAUGCAGGCACUGGAGUACCUGGAGGUUGGUAAGACCAAGAGAUCCCAAGGUCAUUCACUAUAUCCUAGGCCAUCACUAAUUAUUUUGAUUUUUUUUGUGUACUCUGCCUGAUUUAAAUCCAAUUAAGUAAAAAAAAAAAUGUUAUCCCAUGAUGUCAAUAGCCCUCUUCAAAAUGAAGGACAAACAACAAUUAUUUAUCUAUGAUCCAUAAUUAUAUCAUCUAAGAUUUCCAUACACUACAAUCAACAAUUAUUAUGAAAUAUGUCUGAAUUAAUAUGAAAUUGUGGUUCUCCAUGAUAUGUAUACACAAUCCUAAGAGUGAAGAUUCAGAUGUAUAAUUUCAAGAUCUGCUUUAAUGUACGGUCAAUUGCAAACUUCAGGACCAUGAUUUAAUCAAAAUUCUAUAAUCAGAAGGGAACUUAAAGAUGAUAUAGCACUAUCCCUAUGUCAUAUAGAUGGGAAAAAUUGAUGCUUACAUAUGUUAAGUGAUUUACUUAAGAUUGUUUAUGUAGAAAAUAUUAGAGGUGACAUUCAAACCCAAGUCCUUUGACUACAAACUAAUAUUCUUUCAACUAUACAAGUUUUCUCAUUUAGUGACAGCAAAAACAUAACUGGAACCUAGAUUUUCUGAAUACUAUUUCAGUAUCUUUUCCAGAACACAUAUUUAAUCUUAUUCCUGAUUAAAAUGUGUCAUUUUUACUGCACACCUAUUUAAAGUAUGUUAUUUAUCAAAAUCUUUAAGCUAUAAAUUACAUGUGAAGACAUGUAUGAUAUUAAGUAGACUGACUCUAUAUAAAGUUAAGAACUGCUAUUUGGAUAUUCAUAUCUUCUUAUUUGCAUGGUAUAAUGUAUGGGUCAUUAUUCUUCAUAAACUUGCCCAAAAGACCUGAAAAGGCAUUAUACUUUCCAAAGUGAGAGUGUCUAAUACAGACCAAUGGUCUCCAAACUUUUGACUAUUAAAAAAAAAUUAACAAACAGAAUGUGUAUAUAUAUAUAUACAUAUAUAUAUAUAUAUCAUGUAUAUAUAGUCAUUUAUAAUUUAUAUUAUAGACCAUGCUACUAAUAAUUUUGCACAUUGUAAAAGAAAGAGUGUUUAUUAAGCUUGUACUAUAUGGGUGACACUAUGCUAAAUUGUUUAUUAAUGUGUUCUCAUUUGGUCUUCAUAACAACCCUACAAGAUAAGUGCUAUUAUUAUCAUUAUUUUGCAGUUGAGAAAACUGACAAAAUAGGAGUAAAGCUCAGGCUCACAUAAUGAAAUAUCUGAGGCUGGAUUUUAACUCAGGUCUCCCCAGUUCCAGGCCUAGAAAUCUAUCCACUGGAACACCUAGUUGCUUUAAAUUUAAAGAAAUAUCCAAAUUGAUUAAAAUGAUGUAAUAACUGUUCCUGAAGUCAAUAGGAAGUCAGUGGAAGUUGUUAAGAAAAAUAAUAUGGCUAGACCUGAAUUUUAUCAAAAUUGUUUGCCAGCUGAAUGAAGGAUGGAUUAAAGAGAAAUUUUCGACAGGAAAACCAAUUAGGAAGAAAAAGCUAUGUAAGACAUGAGCGCUGCUAUAAAUUGAGCACUGGUAAGAGGAGACAUGAUAAGUGGGAGAAAGUGAAUGAAUUACUAUGUCAGAGCUAUAAUAAAAUGUCUCGCAGAAUGGGUGAGAGUCAUAUGGGAAAUUGCAUGAAUGGGGAGGGAGACCCUUGAUGGCAGACAUAGUAGCAGAUAAGUUAGAAUGUGUAGGAGAGAAGGUAAACAGGUGAGUAAAUGAGGGGAAAUAGAUGUUUAGAGAAAUGGCCACAAGUAAUUAGAUAGUUAUACCUAAACUUGUAGGUCCUAAAUCAUAAUCUGGGAAGAAGAAUGCACAUAAGUACAAAAGCUGAUGGCAAAUGAAAAAUGAAAUUAUGAUUCUUGAGGACCCUGUGUCUUCAGAAUAGAUCAGAGUUUAGAGAGCAUCUUAUCAAUACUGUCUAGCUUUAAACUGCUUUUCUCAAUCUCUACAGUAAGUAAGAGGAAAUAGAAUUGUAAGUUUCAUUUGAAAAAAUUAGAAGGGAAGAGAAAAAUUCAUUUUACAUAAUAUAUCAGUAAAACUUAAUUAUGAUAUUUCUUGAUAUGAUAGUCUUAACAAUCAUAUCCCACCCAAUAAUAACAAUGACUAAUAUUUUAUCUCUCUGAGAUAUCCAAAAGUGAAAUAGGCAGCCUUGGGAAAUAAUUUUUUCCCAAUUAAGUUUCCUCUAGCAAAUGUUGGAUGAGCAUUUCUAAGUUGUGUUAAUCAGGGCUUCCUUUUUGGUUAUGGUUUGGACUAGAUAGCUCUGGAGAGUCUUGUCAUUCCUAAAACUGACCCAUGACUAGAGGAAUUAUCAUUUGGUAUUAUUUUCAUGGAUCUGUCCAAUUUCUCUUCCUCUUCUCCCUCUGAUGUUCAACAGGUUUUCCUUAUGGGAUAGCUGCUCAGACACUUACAUUCUUAUAUCUACAUUCUUUUUUUUUUUUUUGGAAAUUUAUAUAUUUUCUAAUUUGCAAGUUUUAAGUUCUUUCUGAUCAGGUUCCCCAUGGACCUAAGGUGGGGGCUUAGGACUCAGUGAAGGAGAAUCAUCUGUUUUAGAUAGGAUCUAGGCACUUGCUUAGUUGGACUUAUGGACAAAAUUGAGUUGGUAAAAGAAUAGACACAGUUAUGAAUAAGAACAAUCACUUGCUCACAGAACAGGACAAACAUACUUUAGGCAUGGCGAUAUAUUUAGAUGUCAGAUACAAGGGCCUAGCUAUGGUGUAUUUAGAUGAUUGACUUUGACAUUGAGUACACCUUCAGCUGCACAGCUGUCACAAACCAAGUUCAACCUAAGUUCACAUUUCUCUUGGAUAAUUUUUUUUACCCCCAAAUCAACUAUUGCAUGGCUUCCAUUUUAUCCAAGCCAAGAUUUGAUGUCAAGGCAAUUUAACACACUUGGUGUGUCAUUUAUGACCUUAAAAUUGACGGUACUCUCCUGACAAAAAUGUCCUUUGACUUUAAUAAGGUAUUCUCUAGCAGUCGCAUUGCCAUUUCUAGGGAUUUUAAUUUCCUGGCUGGAAAGGGCCUGCAGGGGAAAAGUUAGCUUUCUCGUUUUAUUAUGACCCUUUUCAUGAACUUUAGUGUUACUUAACUACCUUUUGGUAGGAUCCUGCCGAGAAGAUGUCAAACAUAAUUGUGUUAUGGUCCCUGUUAUUUAAUGGCUUAAUCAAAUUCAUUUCCAGAGUUAACUGUAGUAUAUUAGAAAAGGCAAAAUCAAACAUAGCCUUGCCCCUUGCUCUCUCCCAGAAAACUCUAUCAAAAGAAGUGGAUGCUGAAGAUAGACAGAUAUUAGCAAAUAAGCCAGGCCCCAAUAGGCACUUGAAUGUUCCACUGAGUUUAUAUUCAGGUCUUGAAAGAUCUUGAAGGUUUCAAGUCUUGAAAGGUCUUGAAGGUUUUCCUCUGUCUUGUGUCAGGUAUGCAUCCACAUUUUUUUCAGGUGGCUAUGUAAUUUGGCAGAUUCACAA